UUAAAAGAUAAUAAGCAAACAGUGCUUAGUGUUCACUUGUCUCUUAGUUCUUGCAGCAAUACUGCACAGAGCCUCCACGUUUCACCUAGACCAAAGCCCAGGAGACAGUGUGACCUACUUCUUCCGAGUGAACACAUAGUCAUCACUUGAAAAAUGACCCACGAACCGCAGCAGGGUGCCCAGCGCGGCCGCGGGAGGCCGAGUCCGGGGCACGCCGUGGGGUGCCAGCCCUUGCUAGCAGGGGCAGGCCCGGCGGCGGCACACCGGGCGGGGUAGCCCUGAGGGGGAGCGGGGACCGCAGAGAUGGCGGGGGCGGUGGCGGGCGGGCCCGCGGAGGAGGAGGAGGCGGGCGGAAGAGGCGGCGGACGAUGGCCGGGGCGCUGCUGCGCGGCGGGGUGCGCCGCUUCCCCUGGCUCUGCAACGUGCUGCUCUACGGCGGGCUCUUCGCGGCGGGCGACGCGGCCCAGCAGCUGUGGCGGCGGCGGCGGCGGGGGCAGCCGCCCGACUGGGCGCAGACGCGCCGCGUCGCGCUGGUGGCCCUCGCCUUCCACGGCAACUUCAGCUACGUGUGGCUGCGGGCGCUGGAGCGGGCGCUGCCCGGCCGCCGCCCGCCCGCCGUCCUCGGCAAGGUGCUCUGCGACCAGCUCCUCGGCGCCCCCGUCGCCGUCCUCGCCUUCUACACGGGUAUGAGUAUCCUGCAGAGGAAAGAGGACAUCUUUUCAGACUGUAAAAAGAAAUUUUGGAAUACAUAUAAGACGGGACUGAUGUACUGGCCUUUUGUGCAGCUGUCAAACUUCAUUUUGGUCCCUGUUUAUCUGCGAACAGCUUACACUGGGCUCUGUGGUUUUGUCUGGGCUACCUUCAUUUGCUUUUCCCAACAGAGUGGAGAUGGCACAGCAAAGUCAGCAUUUAUGUGGCUUCAAAGAGAGGAAGUCAAUGCAGAUGAAGAAUCAUCAGAGAAAUAAGAACUUUAAUUCUGAACACGUUCUAAAUUGUUAAACUGAGUUUAUGGAAGUCAGUAAAGUGCACUGCAGCCUCAUGGCUGUGUUUAGAAUAAACAGUCAUCUCAACAGUCGUUGGUUAGUGUAAGCAGUGGAACAGUUAGUCUUUGUGCCUGUUUAGUUUUCAUAAAAGAGGCCAAUUGUAUAUUGGCAUUUAAUUAUUUUGAUGCUGCCAGCCCAUCUCUUCUGGGAACAACUGACUUACAGGGCAGCGUAAGUAUUUGCACAUCAUGUCAGACCGCCUCACUGGGGAGAAAUAUUAACUGUAAUUUAAUUUUCAAGCAACUUGUAAUUGCUAGAAAAAGGGGAAUAGAACAUUAAAUCAUCAGUUGUCAGACUCAACAGUUGUUAUCAGUGCAAGAUUGCUUUUGCAGAACGAAAUUUAAUGGAUUUCUCAUCUAAAAAGUGGCAUUGAAUCUGUUUUAUUCAGAGAAAACAAAAGUGCUGUGUUUGUAGGGACUACUUCUCCACAGGGGCAAACUUGCUUUAUUCUACAUGAAAAUCUAUAUGAGCAAAUGAAUUAUUUCACAGAAUGUACAAAUCUGAAAUAUAUUUGUACAUCUUUUAUCUUAACUGGGAGAAUAAAGAUAACUAACUUUGGUCAGAGUUCUUUGGGGUGGAUGCUGCAUAUUCACACUUGGGGGAAGCAUCAGUCAUAAGCAGCUACUGCACGAUGGAACCUAACACAACACUGCAGUGAGCUGUUGUAUCUGUCAGUGACUUCUUCCUUUGCCCCUCAAGGGUUAAAGUAUUGAAGAGUACGUAGGAGUCUUGACACCUUCACUCUUUUCUACUAUUUCAUUAUAUUCAAGAUAUAAUUAAGAUUUUGAAGAAAAAGAGCAUGGGAAUGAGGUAAUGUGAAUGCCAGAAUUUAUCUCAAAACAAUCCGACUAUAUAUAGGGAACUUCCAUUUCUUCUUCAAAUAGCUUUUAAACAUUCCUGUUCAUAAAAGACACUGGGUAAUUACACAUAGGAGAACAGGAAAAGGUGACAAUUAAUUAUAGACCUGCUUUGUCAACUGAGGAUCAGGUCUGGAUGCGGGUGUGCACGUUGGUAUUUUUUGAACGUGCAUAUGUAUCUCAGAACAGGAACUGUGCAAAUCUCUGUGGUUGCAAUAUGUUGAAAUCAGACCAGUAAAGGAACCCUUGGUUUAUUAGAAUGGGAUCUUAUCCCUUGAAGUUACUAAGCUGUAAGCUUGGAACAAUAUCUGGUUUAACCUAUCUUGAUGAUGAUUGUAAAGAGAAGAAUCAGCCCUCUUUGUUACAAUAAUAAUAAACCACUUUGAGGAAUGUCUGAAUUCCUCAGUUUUGUCUAAAUGGUAAACCAAAGCCUGCUGAGGCUACAAACAUACAUUCCUUUGGCCAGCAGCUGUACUGCUUACAAUUGUUUGUCACUGUGGGAGCCCAAGGCUGCUUAGUUCAGACAGGGAAAGUGAUCAUCCAAGCACUGCCCAAUCUAUUCUAGGUAAAAUCAACUUGUUUAGCAUAACUCAGAGGUCAAGAGUGAUGCAAGGUACCCAUAUGGCUUUGACCAUGCAGACAGGAGGAGGGUAGAUGGAGUGGCCACUUCUACAGUCAGUUUUGCUGGCAGACAGGUGGAGAAGGUACCUUCCCUCUCAGGAUAGAAAAGUCACUGCAAUUCCAUCUUUAGCUGCACAGGCAGACCUGGAAGAGGACACCUGCCUAUGACCUUCAGGUGGAAUUCAUUUUAAUUGACUUUUGACACCUGUAGCAUGGACAUCUGCAACUUGGCUAAUCAGUUUAAGCUCUGUUUACAGUCAGUGGAGGAACAUAGGCAGUUUUAGACAUCUGUUUUAGGGUGUGGUGAAUUGUGGACUAUAAGGGUCUAUUUCUUUCCAUUGAUAACAGUGUCUCAGGUGACUGGCUGCUGGGUAGAUAGCUUCAUUGUACGCACUCAUAUUUGGUGAAUUGAAUUCCCUUGGUUGGUGUCUAUCUUACAUGUCCCUGUGGGAGCAGUUUGGUGGGUGUUGCUCUGUGAAUCGCACAGUGUGAAAUGGGCGGCCCUGAUUCUGAAUAUCCCAGUAGGAGUAGAAAUCCACAGAGGAACUAACUGCAUUUUAUAUAUCUAUUUAAAAAAUGAAAGAUGAGUGAAUAGACGUUUUAGCUACAGCUGUUAAAUUGUUAUUGUGUGUAUAAAGUCCUCAGGAUAAAGAAGCAAUUUCAGUAGUAGUUUUUCUGUUUAUAUUUUUAGGUUCAGAAUAGUGUUUUAAAGUCUGUUCUACUCUGUGAGACUUAAAAGUUUCAGACAAGGUGUGCUAAUUAAGUAUUUGACCUUUUUACAGAUGCUAUUUAUUUUUAUUUUUGCUUAUGCCUUAAAUGUUUAAUGAUUAAUAGAAUUCACUUGGAGAAAGGAACUGGAAAAUGAUGUUACAAGAAGAGUGAAAUAGUGAAAUGGUGUUGUUUUGCUGUAAGCAGUAUGCAAUGUUCUGCUGCAACUCAGUGCAAAAAAUAUUUCUGCAUGGGUGUAGUUGGUAAAACUUAAUCCCCAGGUGAAUCAAGAAUUUUAAACUAUUCUCAUGAUCUGUAUAAUGCUGAUGCUUUUCUUCAGCAGGGGUAUUUAAUGAAUGGAAGAUCCAUCUUUUAUUUUAAACAGCUUAAAAGCUUUUACAAGCUGUGCUUUAUUGCUGUAUGCUUUUGUGCUGCUAGCUUUUUGCUUGGGAAUUUCAGCUAAAUCCUGCUUUGUCUUCAAGUUUCUCUGGCUGUGGGCUUCAGGGUUUCCUUAUAUAUUUCUAUUACUUGAAGUAGUGUUCUUUCAUGUAAUGGAAGCCUGUAGCUCUUAUAUUUCAAUACACUUUAGAUUGUGCAUAAUCCUUUUAUCCAUUCAGUUCCUCUGCUUCUCGUGUGAGAGUACUUGACAAUUAAGUAACCCAAGUCCUCUUUCACAGUUAAAAAAAACUUGUUCUUUUUUUUUAUUUACAAGCAAAGAUUGGUCUUUCGAACAUUUCAGACCCACAUAAUACAAACCAAGGAAGCUGUGUUGGGACAGGUUCUCAGUGUGCAUAAAUUAAUGCACCUUCUAAAGGUUUUCUGCCUCUGUCAAUUUAGCGUGAGAACCUAACCCCUUAGUUUUUGAAGACUUUAUUAUUUCUUGACUUGUUUUUCCUUAGAAGAUUAAUUUCACAGAAAAACAACCUAUUUGAUGCAUAUAUAAACUUUUGUUUGCUUCUUCCAGUAAUUCAGUAAUUCCUUAAAAAAAAAAAAAGAAAAAAAAAGAUGGACGAGACUUGUCCUAAUGACUCUCUACCACCCCUUCAAAAACAGUUGUAUGGGCUUUAUGACUAUUUCAAGGAAUUGCGCUGAUCUUAUUGCCAGCUGAACAUGCAGAUUUCCAUAACCAGAAAGAUGAACAGAAUUAUACAUCAUGUAGGUGUUCAGGAAGGAGGGAACACACUGCCAAUAGCUACUAGGCAUGCAUUCAGGUAACGUUUUUGUGUCAUGGGUCCUCUCUAAGAGCAAAUGGGAUGAGAAGACAUUUAUAUCAGUUAUAGUUCCAGCUUCACGUUAUUCUGGAUAGUUGUGGAGAUGUAGAGUCUGAACUUGAUAAAAUGAGAAUUUCAAAAUGUAUUUUUCUACUGCAAAUCUUUUAUGCAAAUGUACCUCCUGUGCUUACUGGUAUGUGAAAUACAUCCUUCUAGGCUUGGAAAAUUCACCAGAAGGCCUCUGUCUUUUUCACACCAGAAACAACCAUCCAGUAACACAGCAUAAAAUAACCAGUUUCAUACUGCAGUGAAGGUGAAACUGCCUGUAGUUCGUUACUGUAUCUGAUACGUUAAGCUCUCUGUAUAGCACAACCUUUGAAAUCUAUGCAGCUUCAGCUGCCCGAGUCUCUGCUGUAAGUGCCAAUGCUUUCUGCUUGUGCUGCUGCCUCUACUGCUAGUGGCAAUCCAGUGAGAUGUGCAAGAAAUACUUGAAUUUGACUAAAAUAAUGAAUUCCAAGUGGACUGAAAAAUGUCUGUGUUUUUGCAAAGGCUUAAUAAACAUUAAAUGAUGUUCUUUGGCUC